UUAUAUAUAUUAUUAUUUCUUCUCCGAAUCAAGGCCCAAACCCAUUUUCGUUUUUUCACCUUCAUCUCGCGAUUGAAUCCCUUCUCCGAUGUCUUUCUGCUGUCGUAUUUCACUCUCAAAUUCCUAAUCUAUGGCGUCUCCUCUUUCCAUUUUCAUUUUAAUUGUCGCCAGAUGCACUCUCCGUUUUAUCUCUUGAUGGAUUCAAACUAUGGAAUUUACAUGAAUCAAGCUUCAGAAACAUCAUUCAGAUCGGUGAGCUCUAGACACAAGUAUUAUGUAGAAAUAAGGUGAGAGCUAGAUUUUAUUAGAUUAAAGUUUGACUGGUUUGAUCCAGAAAACAAAUUUGUUGUUUUUGUUUUGUGUUUUCUCUUCUAUACACUAACUCCUAGAAAAAAUGAAUCUUUUCCACAAUUCUUUUUUUCCAAUUUUUUUUUAACAAUCUCCGUGUCUGUAUUAUUGAUGAAAAAUAUUCGAACAAAGAAAUUACUUCUUUUUUGGAUUAAAGUUUGAAUCUUGUCACUCCCAGUUGCAGGUUAUAGAAACAUGCUGUAAUUGAUAUUAUGCUGUGGUCUAUUGCUUCCAAAUUUGUAUAAAGGAAGUGAAAUUCAAUCAAAUUUCUUAUUUUUUUGAUGUUUUCAUUAUCUGGGUAAUUCAAAUCCGUGGCUUCUUGUUUCAUGGACAAAAGAAUUUGUAGAAAAAUAAUAUAAAAAGAAAUGUUUCUUUCACGGAGGCACAAAACAGAACAAUGAAAGCUAUAGUUGGAAAAGCUAAGAGAUGCCAAUAUUAGCUGAAGAUUUUUCUAAAAAUGGUAAGCUUAACGGAAUUGAAAAGGCCAUUGAAUAUAUAGGCAAAGGUCAUUUGAUGAAGUAUCUGUUGGGAAAAUCGCUAUUUUCCCGAAGGCGGCUAACAGUAUCUAUUGAUUCUUUGUUCGUAACGGUCAGGGUUUAAUUCUGGUAGGUCUGGUAAAUAUUUUGAAAGUUAGAGGAGAACAAGAAAUAAGACGACGUGGCUUUAUUCUCUGUCGAUUCCCAGUCAACGUUAAUGUGUCAACCAUGUAUCCACUGUCAGUCUUAACGUAACAUCAAAUAAAAUUAGAUUGUUAAUAAAAAUAUAGAGUAUAAUAAUGAUGCGUAAUGGGUAAUUAGCUAAUCAUUAAGUCAUUCUAAAUUUUAUAAUUGAUGAAAUUACUGGAAAAAGAUACAAAAAUCCUAUUAUGAAAUAACACUUGUUCAUGUUGACUGUUAGAUCAACUGCCAUUAAAACCAAACUUUUUAUGUUGACUUCUUGUUCGUUAAGUACAUAUUGAUAACAGAAAUAUCUUCAAGAAUUAGGAUGUUUAUUCGCAAUUCUUAAACAAGCUAUGAUGCUGAAUUCAAUAUGGAUCGCGAACCAUUUCUCCCCAAAUCAACAGUAAUACCAGAAGAUUCUCAUUCUACUAGCAGCAGACCAUCGCCUAACUGGAGAGACUUUUCUUCAAAUGCUUACUUUGAUCUAAUCCCACCUGAAGCCAUUAUUCCUGUGAUCAGAACCCCUAAUUCUUCUUCUUAUGUAAAUCUCCUAUCCAACUUGGCCUUGCAAAACAAGAAAACAAGAAAACUCGCUCACCGCUCCCAUUCUGCCCCUUCCGUGUUUACUCAAGAAAGGGAAUCUUCCUCUAUAACUGAUUCUUUAGACCCGAGACUUCCCUCAAAAUCUACACCGUUGAUCGUCCAGCAAGCCUUUGUCGGAGUAAUAUUGUAUCUGAUUGUUGUAGUUGUUACAUUCCUUGUUAGUGGAAGUUUUAAGGGUACUACUACAUUCAAGCUAGUAGAUGCCUUGUACUUUACAGUAGUUACUCUUUGCACUAUAGGAUAUGGUGACAUUGUUCCAGAAACUACGUUUACAAAGCUAUUUACUUGUGUUUUUAUAUUGGUGGGUUUUGGAUUUAUAGACAUUUUAUUAAAUGGGUUGGUGACUUACAUUUGUGAUAAGCAAGAAGCAGUUCUGUUAAGCGCUGUGGAUGAGAAUCUGCUUAAUACGUAUAUGAUCGAUAGAGUUAAAGGGAGGAUGAGAAUUAGAACAAAGGUCUGUUUGGCAAUUGGAGUUGUUAUUGGAUGCAUUGCUAUAGGAACAAUUACAGUGCAUUUUCUGGAGAAAUUGAGUUGGAUUGAUAGUUUUUAUUUGUCUGUUACUUCUGUUACAACAGUUGGGUAUGGGGAUUAUGCCUUCACUACUGUAACAGGAAGAUGUUUUGCUAUUAUUUGGUUAUUAAUCAGUACAUUAGCAGUUGCUAGGGCAUUUCUAUAUCUGGCUGAGUUGAGAAUCGAUAAGAGGAAUCGUAGAAUUGCGAAAUGGAUCCUGCAGAAGAAAAUUACUCUUGGAGAUCUGGUAGCUGCUGACCUUGACAAUGAUGGAUCCAUCAGUGCCAGCUGGAUUUUACUCUAUCUUAAUUGAAUGUGGGUGAGUGGCGAACCUUUCCUAAUUCUGGAUCGAUGAGCAAAUCUGAAUUCGUUAUAUAUAAGCUGAAGGAGUUGGGGAAAAUAUCAGAGAAAGAUAUUCUUCAAAUUUGCAACCAAUUUGAUUCUUUAGAUAGUACCAACAGCGGCAAGAUCACCUUUGCUGAUCUUAUGGCAGGUGAUUGAAUUCAAAUAUGUUUAAUGAGCUGCAAUGAAAUGUAAUGUGAUGUGAUUGUUUCUCUUCAAAAAGAAAAAUCUGCUGGCUGACAGUUUGAAAUAUGAAUCGCGGGUUAUUGACUUCAGAAUCAAAACAAUUAUCAAAGCUAGCUUCCCGGAAAAUGGUUGAUAAUGCAUAAUUGAACUUUAUACUUUUAAUGAUUAUCCUUGUGGUUUCUUGAAGUUAAUUUGUGAGAGUUCAAUUAUGCAUUUUUACAAAGUUAUACAAUUAUACCAAGGGCAAAUCAAAGUUACGUGACCUUAUGAAACUAAAUGUAAAGUGAAGUGACCAUUGAUGUAAUUUCCCUGUAAAGUAAAUUAUUUGAAAUGCAAAUUACAAGACUUUGUUAAGUAAA